CCCGCCGCGCGCCAGCCCGCCCGGGGCCUGAGUGCUGUGGCGCGUGCGCGAGCGGUGCAGCACCGGCCGCGGGAGCAGGGAGUAUUAUGGGUUGUGGGUGCCGCUGAGCAAGAUGGAGCUGUCUGCAGUGGGCGAGCGGGUCUUCGCAGCCGAAUCCAUCAUCAAACGGCGGAUCCGCAAGGGGCGCAUCGAGUACCUGGUGAAAUGGAAGGGGUGGGCGAUCAAGUACAGCACUUGGGAGCCCGAGGAGAACAUCCUGGACUCGCGGCUCAUCGCGGCCUUCGAACAGAAGGAGAGAGAACGUGAGCUGUAUGGGCCCAAGAAGAGGGGACCCAAACCCAAAACUUUUCUCCUGAAGGCCCGGGCCCAGGCAGAGGCCCUCCGCAUCAGUGAUGUGCAUUUCUCUGUCAAGCCGAGCGCCAGCGCUUCCUCGCCCAAACUGCACUCAAGUGCCGCGGUGCAUCGGCUCAAGAAAGACAUCCGCCGCUGCCACCGUAUGUCCCGCCGCCCCCUGCCGCGACCAGACCCGCAAGGGGGCAGCCCUGGCCUGCGUCCGCCCAUCUCCCCCUUCUCUGAGACGGUGCGCAUCAUCAAUCGCAAGGUGAAGCCCCGGGAGCCCAAGCGGAACCGCAUCAUCCUGAACCUGAAGGUGAUUGACAAGGGCCCAGGUGGAGGCAGCGCUGCGCCGGGCACCGGGGCGCUCGCCCGCCCCAAAGUCCCUUCUCGGAACCGCGUUAUCGGCAAGAGCAAGAAGUUCAGCGAGAGCAUCCUGCGCACCCAGAUCCGCCACAUGAAGUUCGGAGCCUUCGCGCUGUACAAGCCCCCGCCCGCUCCUUUGUCGGCCCCUCCUGCUGGCAAGGCAGACGUGGCCCCCCAGGGGCCCGGGCUGCACCUGGCGGCCUCCACCGCGGGCCCCUAUGAUGUGCGCAGCUCCAGCUCCUCUGGCUGCCCCUCACCCACACCGCAGUCCUCAGACCCGGAAGAUGCGCCGCCCAAGCUGCUCCCCGAGACCCUGAGCCCAUCUGCCCCCAACUGGCGUGAGCCAGAGGUGCUCGACCUCUCCAUUCCUCCCGAGGCGGCCGCCACCGGCAAGCGGGCACCUCCUGAUGCCACUGCUGAUGCGGGCCAGGUGUUGCACACGGCCCUGGAGCCUACUGGCGCCUCCUCCGAGUCGGAGGCUGGGGACUGGCGCCCUGAGAUGUCACCAUGCUCCAAUGUCGUCGUCACUGAUGUCACCAGCAACCUCCUGACCGUGACCAUCAAGGAAUUCUGCAAUCCUGAGGAUUUCGAGAAGGUGGCCGCUGGGGUGGCAGGUGCUGCGGGAGGUGGUGGCAGUGGGGCGAGCAAAUGAGGGACUCCCCCUGCAAGGAGGGGGGCUUUGGGGGGCCUCCUUCCAGAAGUCUCACUUGUGCUCCCACCCCUUUCCCGCCCUCAGACCUGUCUGCCUGUGCUUUGCUUGUUUCAGACGGCUCAGUGUUGACCCAGGGAUGGGGCUGGGCAGUCCUGGAUUCAGUUAGGGCCCUGGUGGGGCACAGGAACGAAGAAGUGCGCCCUGUUGUUCUUGGCACCACCCCUGCCUGUGCAGGAGGGACCCACUGGGUAGUUUCUGGGGAGCCCCAGAACCUGGGGUUUACCUGUCCUGUCUACAUCCCACCUUGCCUCUCCUAGCUUGCUUCUUGCUCAGUGUGCAGUGUCUGAUCUCUCGGUGCUAUCGCAGCAGCAGCUUUGGGGACCCCUAGGAGACCCCACCUAGAGUGGACACAGUCUCUUGGUGCCACCUGGGAUUGGGUGAUGAUGACGGAUGAGCCCAAAAUGGGCCCUCCCCACCUCGAGGGUGGCAGCAGCUGGGCCAGAGGUCCCCUUCCCUGCUUAUCUACUACUGGACCAGGCCCAGGCAGAUCCCCUUGUACCCUACACACUGGGUCUCUUUCCAAAAUCCCCUUUGAAGGUGAAGGGGCUGGCAGACAUGGCACCUUGCCCCAGCUUCUGGGCAUCUACAAGCCCUUUCAGUUCUCUACCAAAGGUGCUAUAAGAACCUGCCGUGGAAACUUCUGGUUGUGCAUUUGUGCAUCUGCCCCUUGGCUGCUUGUGUCCCUUGGCGUGUUCUUAUGUGGAUCCAUGUGUGUGCUGGGUGUAGGGCCUCAGGCUUUCCUGCAACACCCUUUACCAUUCCUCAGAACAGGGUCCCUGUGGGCCUGGCCUCCCCUUGCCUUAGGCAGGCCCCACACAGUCAAGUCUGUGUGGUUUGCUGUGGAAGCCACUGGCCUCUUCUUCCUAGCCCAGGUUGCUGGGGGCAUGGAGCCCACAGGCAACCUUCUUGGGGUGGUCAGCCUGAUAGUCAGGUUUUGGCUGCAGAUGUGGCAUGGUAGAGAUGGGGAAACCAGCUCCAGUCUCUUGUCUGUCAAGGAAAGAGUAGGCCUAGGGAUCUCCCAGGGGUCUGCGGUUUCUCCCACUCCUCAUUUGCUUCUAACUGCUGAGGCUUCCUAAGAGCUUAGCCUGUCUGAAGCAGAGGGAGGCCUUGGACAGCUUCUGUUGCCCUCUGCUGCCACAGAACCAAGGCAUUCAUGCCAGUGGCAGAGACCAAAGCCCCAGGCCAGAAGGGAGAGACACAGCAGGGCUCAUGUUCAGGAGAGGAAGGAUGCCUGUCUCCACACAGCACUAGGGGCCCCACUGACCUGCCCUUGGCCACUGCCUGGGAGUCACUUGGGCGUUGAGUGGCCUGUUCCUGUGUGUGGCUUAAGCUAGCUUCUGGUGAGAGUGGUUCUUGGUACCUCCCUCAGAAGUGUGGUGAAAGACAAGCUAAACAGGAACCUACCAGAUCAGAGAGCAAGCACUUUGGUCCUUAGGGGAAGGUGCUCUUUCUCCAGAUCGCCCUACCAGGGACUACUGAACAGCCUCAGCCCUCUUUGCCCCAGGGUAUAAAACGGGUCCGCACAGGGUUUGAGGGGCCACAGUCCUGGUCCCACUUUGCCCUUUGUGUUGGCUCUGAUACCGUCCAAGUGCCAAUUGGCUUUUCCCCCAAAUAAGGGCUGGUAUUUCUCCUCUGCCCCCAGAGGUGAUUUCCCCCUCCCCCCUCCCCAGGUGAGCCACCACCUGGGAGCCAGUUACAGGUGUUUCCAGAGACCAUAGAAAUGUGUUUUCCUGAGAGUCUGUGUCAUUUGUGACUUUUUUGUAAAGAAGUUGUGUUUUCAGAGGUGAUUUUAUGACAGGAAAGUGAAAGAAUUAGUUUUGCAAAAAAAAAAAAAAAAAAUUUAAAAAGGAAAAAAAA